UUCGAUUUUUAUUUUUUUUAAUUUUGUAAACAUAUGAAAUGGAGGGAAAGUUCGUUAAUACAGUUUAGGAAACCCACCCUGCCACCCCAGAUUAUGUUAGGAUGGAAGAAGCAUUGAGGGAGGAGUUGGGAUGCGGAGAUGUUCGAUCCCUGGGAGCAGGAGGAAGUGGAUGCAUCAGCUCAGCCGAUGUUUAUCUUUGUGAUGGAAGGAAAGUCUUCGUGAAAAAGAAUUCGAAGCCAGAAGCAAGGAUAAUGUUUGACGGGGAAUCUGCAGGAUUGAGCGCGAUUCAUGAAACACAAACCAUUAAAGUUCCCAAACCAUUGAAAGUGUUUGAUCACAAUGGCUGUUGUUACCUAGCAAUGGAGCAUUAUGACAUGCGGUCACUUCAUCAACAGGCUGAAAACUUUGGAGCCAAGUUAGCAAAGUUGCAUCUGAGCAACAAAGUGAAGAUCGUGAAAAGUUUGAAAAGUUCUGGAUUUGUUGGGAAACGUGAAGAAGGCGUUCGGUCGUUUGGGUUUGAGGUUUAUACAUGUUGUGGGAUAAUUGCCAUGCCCAAUGAUUGGAGCUCUAACUGGUUGGAGUUUUAUGCAAGGAAUAGAUUGAAAGCACAACUUGAUUUAGUUGAGAAGAACUAUCAAGACAGAGAGGCUUUGGAGUUGUGGCCACAAGUUGAAAGAAACCUUCAUAAACUGAUUCCUGUGGGUUUAGAAAUAACCCCAGCGUUGUUACAUGGUGAUCUAUGGAGUGGAAACACAGCUGAGGUUGAUGGUGAACCUUGUGUAUACGACCCUGCGUGUUUGUACGGUCACCAUGAGUUUGAUUUAUCUAUAGCUCGCAUGUUUGGUGGUCUACCACGUAAAGUCUUCGCCGCCUACCAUGGGGUUAUACCACAAGAUAAAGGGUUUGAAGAUAGACAGAAGUUGUAUCAGUUGUUUCAUUAUUUAAAUCACUGGAACCACUUUGGGGGUGGAUACCGUGGACAAUCAAUUGCUAUUAUGAAACAAUUAGCAAAAUUGUGAAUAAAAAUUUAAAUAUUAGCUUUGAAAAUAAUAGGUUUUUGUAAUUUCUUUAAUAUCUGAAUUAACUCAUAAAUCCAAAAAAUCUCCUCUACACAAUCAAUCACGUAUUAAAUUCACCAAAACAAUGUUACAACAGUUGCAGCACUUUUUUGAGUAUUAAACCAUGAUUUUAAUAAGUUUAAUUGGUUGUCAUCUGAAUUAACUUAUAGUACAGCCUUAUAGUUUUGGUUUUAUUAAUUUCUACCUAUACAAUACACAUGGGUGUUGUUGCAUUCCUCACAAAGUGGCUUAAUGAAACCUAAUAAGUUUUUUUCCCAUGAGGGUGCAGUGUUUAGUUUCAUGAUGUUAUUCCUAUAAAGUUCAGUGCACCUCUACUUCAUGUGCAUGCAUGCUGUUUAAAUCAUUUUGUUGCUAAUUUCCUUUUUAUGUUUUAAUUUAUUUGAUCUUUGUUGUCAUAUCGGAAGAGAUAAAAUUUAUGUUAAUUAUUUUAUGCCAACAGUUUAACUGCAUUCACGUUCAAUAAAAGAAAUCAUAAAAUGAAA